AUGGCUGACCUCCCCGGCCGGGAAUCGAACCCGGGUCUCGCACGUGACAGGCGCGGAUACUCACCACUAUACUACCGAGGAUUAUGCUGUGAGAUGGAAGAGCAGAUGUCCACUUGUAAUGGUAGUAUUGUUAAUAGGAGGAGUGAGACAUUGAAGGCAGGUGGACCAAUGGAAGGGGAAAAAAGAAAUUUGAUGAUUUUGAUCGAAGCAAUUUAUAUUGAUUUGCAUGAAAUGAAGCAGAUGUGUCUCGAGAGGAUUGGACAGGGACAAGGCAAAACGAACGGUCAUUACCAGCUGCUUUUGAUGACUUUUAAUGAUGGAAAAGUCGAAUGGACCAAUCUAAAACUGUAA